CCACAAUGUAAAUAGUGUAUAAAUACACAAAGAAAAACUUCGUCUCAUUUGUUCACACUGAAACUACAAAGAUUCUUUUUCUCUCUCUCCUCCUCAGCAACGUUCUUCACGUCUUUAUUUUCGUAACAGAGAAGGGAAGAGUUAUCGUUUUCUUGUUAAUUACCAAAUGGGUCAUGCUAAUAUCGCGAAGCUCGCGAGUCUACUCGUAAAGCUACACAGAGCUCCAUCAGGUUGGCUCUGUCUCCAUCCCCGACCGAACCGAUCCAUCAGCGACCGCGGCGAAGGCGGAAAAAUCAAGCUCGUAAGAUCCGACGGUUCUUUAGAAGUCUACGACCGUCCAGUAACGGUCUCAGAGCUCACAAGAGACUUCCCAAAGCACAAAAUCUGCAGAUCAGACUCGCUAUACAUCGGACAGAGGACACCUGUUCUGUCUGAAACAGACACGCUUAAACUCGGUCUCAACUAUUUUCUCCUUCCGUCUGAUUUCUUCAUGAACAGUCUCUCGUUCUUAACAAUCGCCGCCUUGAAAUCUUCUCAAAAUGGAGUUGGGUUGGUCAGAAAAUCGGCCGGGACUCAGCAGCAGCAGCCGUUUCUUAUACAAAAGGGAGGAACAGGAGAGAAGCUGAGGAUUCGUGUGUCGGAAGAGUUCAUGUCGGAGUUAAUGAUGGAAGGGAGAAAAAACAGAGAACAAGAAAAGGAAGAUGAAGGAGAAGGGAGAGUUUGUACGACGGUGAAGCUGAAGAAAGAUUAUGUUCAGUUGGUUAGUCUGAGAAAAUGGAAGCCAAAGCUAGAGACGAUAACAGAGGCGAAGGCGACGGUGGAGAAGAAGAAGAAGAGGAGGAAGUUUCCUGUUAUGACGAAGAGAUCAUGCAAAGAUUCUUCUCAAACUGAUAAUUCAUGUGCGAAGCGUAAGCUUAACUACAAAUUCAAGUCCAAAACCAAGAAAGCUAUUCUUAGGAAAUUAGCUUAAUUUUGUUUUUUAAUUAGAAAAAUUAGCAGAUUAUGUGUUGAUACAUAGAAAAAAAAUUGUUUGAAAUUAUGUAAAGAAUUUGAGAAAAAAAAAGAUUAACCAAAGGAG